CCGGCUUCUGCAGUCUGCUGCGGUCGCUCCUCUAGUAAUGGCUUUUAUAUGUAUUAUCUGAGUGUUAAAUUCAUAUUUUGAGUGAGUUUGUGUUGUGGGAUGACGAUUGAGAACGAUUAAACGCGAAUAUGGACACUUCUACCAGCAGCUAACAGACAAGCAAACUGCAAAAGGUAGCCACAAGAACAUGCUUUGUGGUGCAGGCCUUAGACAUGCCAGCUGAUUGGACAAAUGGGCUUAUAAAAGACAAAUGCCUGCUUUGGAUCUGGGGUGGAAAAGGGCCCACCACUUGGUUAUUUUGACUUUCUUGAAACAUGCUGUUGCUGGUGAAGAAUUGGCCUGUCCACAAGCACUUCUCCCUUGGGGGAAUCCAGUCUUCUGUGUUGGAGGCUCCAGUGACUAGAAGCAUUCCUGUUGAAGUGGCCCCUAAUACGGUUCCUGGGAAAAGCCUGAAUGCCUGCAAGCCUAGGUUUUCCCCUUCACGACAGUAUGUAAAAGGAGGCUUUUCCAGCAGCUAUGAACCUAUGUCUCAUACUCGCAGUGCACCAAGUGUCUUGGAUAGCAUUUCAUUGCUUAAACUCCUGGGUUCAGACAAUGUAGUCAGACAAGAUUCCUACAGCUGGUCUCCUCAGGAUGGCUCUGGACUGCAAGGAGUUUCUGCUCCACUUGCUUCCACACCAGUACGAGGUGGACGCUCCAAUUCCUUGUCCAUCCUGUCUCAAAGCUCUAGUCGGUCUACCCCUGACUCUGUUAAAUCUUUAUCACCUUUUGAUGUUUCUGGCCUGCCCACCAGUGAGCAAAGCUCCUCAAACAUGUUUACAGUGAGCUCUCGACCGCUCUGGCCUUCAAUUGGGAGGAGCCUCUUCAGCUUUCUUCCACUGGAUCCUCAGGAAGUUCCCGUUGUCUCUUUACUGCUACUUAUCAGGGCAGCUCUGGGCCACAACUAGCAGAAGGUUCCAGCCAGCUUGUUUCUACAAGUGGUUUGCUCACCCAGCCUCCAAAUGCUGAAAGCCAGAAUACCUCUGGAUCCUCAUGCCAAGCUUGUUACUUCACCCCUAGGUUUUAGUCAGGCUACCAGUGGUAAAAGCUCUUACAGUCCGUAGACAUCAAGCUUCCAGAGCAGGGAUGGCACUCAACUGGUAGCUUCCCCUCAAUAUGUACCAGGACCAGCUUUUUCCUUUGGUGCAAAAAAUUUCCAGCCACUACCAUCAAGCAACGCUGAGAGGUUCUCUCUCCAAGCCAGUCAUCUCAGAGGUGGCAACCUUCAAUCAUUAACUAUUUCACCGCCAGUGUUUUUUAAAAAAGUUGUCAGCCACCGCCAGCAUUUUUGAUGAUUUUUCACCUAAC